AUGCCUCCGAAUGGGGUGACCAACGGCUCCCGUACCGCCCGACAGCCAGAUCUUCACCUUGUCGCAGACGAAGAUGCCGUCUACGAACAGGACAUCCUACGAGACCCGGGUAGCACCAAGCCAUGGCUAGCAUACAUACAAUUCAAGUUCCAGCAUGGCACAGUCCAAGAGCAAGCCUUCGUCCUUGAGCGAGCUUGCCAACAGCUGCCGAGGUCGUACAAGCUUUGGAAAAUGUAUUUGCGAUUCCGAACGAAGCAUGUCUCAAAGCUAAACGCCGCCGUCUUCGUCUCCGAGUACCGAAAAGUCAAUGCGCUGUUCGAGCGAGCCCUGAUCCUACUGAACAAAAUGCCGCGCAUAUGGGAGAUGUACCUCAAGUUCUUGCUCCAGCAGCCCCUCGUCACUCUGACGCGACGUGCGUUCGAUCGAGCUCUACGAGCCCUCCCUAUAACUCAACACAACAGGAUAUGGUCGCUGUAUCGACCCUUCGCAAACUCUGCUGCGGGAGAGACUGCGGUGAAGAUCUGGCGACGGUACAUGCAAGUCCACCCGGAAGACGCGGAAGACUUCAUCGAGCUCCUGACACAGGUUGGGCUAUAUACCGAGGCUGUAAAGAAGUACAUCGAUAUCCUGAACAAUCCGCGAUUCAACAGCAAACAGGGCAAGGGGCAUUACGAACUAUGGAGCGAGAUGGUUGAUAUACUGGUGGAACACGCCAACGAGAUCGAGACAGGUCACGAGUCCGGCAUCAACGUUGAACUGAUAAUACGCAGCGGGAUUGAUAGGUUUGCGGACCAGAGAGGGAAGCUCUGGUGUGGUUUGGCUACAUACUGGGCUAGGAGAGGGAGCUUUGAGCGGGCAAGAGAUAUCUUUGAAGAGGGCAUAACGACUGUCAUGACCGUACGCGAUUUCACCCUCAUAUUCGACACAUACGCAGAGUUCGAGGAAUCCAUCAUCGGCGCGCUGAUGGAGCUUGCAUCAAAGCGAGCAGAAGAAGGCAAACUCGACGAAGACGCGGAUUUCGACUUGGACAUACGGAUGAUGCGCUUCGAGCAAUUGAUGGACCGGAGGCCUUUCCUGCUGAAUGAUGUUCUGCUCCGACAGAAUCCCAACAAUGUCGGGGAAUGGGAGAAGCGGGUGGCGUUAUGGGGGGCCAACAACGUCGAGGUCGUGCAAACAUACACCGAUGCCAUUGCUGCGAUCCAGCCAAAGAAGGCCGUUGGACCGUUCCACCAAUUAUGGGCAAACUACGCCAAAUUCUACGAGAAGGGAGGGGAUAUCCGCAAUGCGAGGAUUAUCAUGGAGAAGGCCGUCAAGGUACCCUUCAAGUCGGUUACCGAACUUGCUGAUAUGUGGAUCGAAUGGGCCGAGAUGGAACUACGGAACGAGAACUUCGACGACGCUGUCAAGAUUAUGGCCAAGGCCGUGCAGGCUCCAAAAAGGUCAACGGUCGACUAUUUUGACGAGACUCUUUCACCGCAACAAAGGGUACAUAAGAGUUGGAAGCUAUGGAGCUUCUACGUCGACCUUGUCGAAAGUGUCAGCUCUCUCGAUGAGACAAAGAAGGUAUAUGAGCGAAUAUUCGAACUUCGGAUCGCCACCCCGCAAACAGUCGUCAACUACGCCAACCUGAUGGAGGAACACAAGUACUACGAGGAGUCGUUCAAGAUAUUCGAGCGGGGACUCGACCUCUUCAGUUACCCGGUCGCCUUCGAGCUAUGGAAUCUCUACCUGACGAAAGCUGUGGACCGAAAGAUUGGGAUCGAACGAUUGCGAGAUCUCUUUGAACAAGCUGUGGAGGACUGCCCGCCAAAGUUCGCCAAGGUGCUGUAUCUCAUGUAUGGUAACCUUGAAGAGGAAAGGGGACUGGCAAGGCACGCCAUGCGCAUCUACGAGCGAGCUACAAGGGCUGUGUCGGACGAGGACCGCGCUGACAUGUUCAACUUUUACAUCACCAAGUCGGCAUCGAACUUUGGGUUACCAUCUACAAGACCGAUAUACGAAAGAGCUAUAGCAGCCCUCCCCGACGAAGAGGCCCGGGACAUGUGUCUCAAGUUUGCCGACAUGGAGAAGCGCCUUGGCGAGAUCGACCGCGCUCGCGCUAUUUACGGUCACGCAUCACAAUUCUGCGACCCUCGGACGAACCCGGCCUUCUGGACGAAAUGGGAACAGUUCGAGGUGCAGCAUGGCAACGAGGAUACCUACAAGGAGAUGCUUCGGAUCAAGCGCAGCGUGCAAGCGCAGUACAACACCGAUGUCAACUUCAUCGCAUCGCAAGCCCUCGCACGCAGCCAACAAGCAAGAGGCGCGGAAACGAACGGAGACUCGGAGGUUGCGGAUGCCAUGGAGAAGCUGGAACGGCACACCCGAGCCCCGGCAGGAUUCGUGGCAUCGAGUACUGGGAUUUCGGGGUCGAUAAAAAACGAGCCGGUGGUGGCUUCGAAUCCGGAUGCCAUCGAUAUCGAUGGCAUGGAUGAUGAUUGA